UAUUCUCUGAUGAUGGCUUUGGAAUAAAAACAGUGUUUAAAUAUGCAUAAGUUACAUAAACAAAUGAAUAAUUGAUAAGCUUGAGUUUCUGAAUGGAUUGCUGCUGGUUACAGGGAGUUUAUCUGGUUGUAAAAUACUUCUUCCAAAAUCACAACUGUUAUUACACUUUAUUAUUAGUAACUGUUCUAGUGGAAUUUUUUUGUGAUCGUCUGAAGGAUCAUUUCUCUGUGGUUCCUCAUGUCUUUUCUGGUUUAUUGGCUUUGGUAAGCUAUCAGGCGAUUCAAGAGGGAUUAGCUGUUAGGAUAGUUCAUGCAAUUUUCAAAGAGAUUCACGUACAGUCAUUAUUACCGGCAGAUCGAUAUAACGUUUUCAUGUUAUUCACUGUACUGCUUGAAAAGAAAAUGACUGAGCUCCAAACACUUGGGACGGAUUUUGUUUUUGGUUACAUUCAAGCCAUGGACGGAGAGAAGGAUCCAAGAAACUUGCUGGUUUGUUUCGAGCUUGUUCAAAUCAUCGUAAAGAGAUUUCCUAUUGACCAUUUGGCCGAAGAUUUGUUCGAAGUGACAUCUUGCUAUUUCCCUAUUGAUUUUACUCCACCUCCCAAUGAUCCACAUUCCAUAACAAGAGAGCAGCUUAUUUUAGCGCUUCGAAAAUGUCUGGCGUCCACAUCCAUAUUUGCACCUUUUUGCGUUCCGUUGCUGAUUGAAAAGAUAUCCUCCGAUGUGAUUUAUGCCAAGAAAGAUGCUUUGUUGACCCUAGCAUCGUGUGCAAAUGUUUACGAUGCACGGUUCAUUAGCGAGCAGGUGCCAUCUUUGUGGAAUCAUAUAAAACAAGAGAUAUUCAUGGCAUCCGAACAGUCCGUCGAGGCAGCUUGCUUGGAGGCGAUUCGGAGUAUUAUGCGAAAUAUUGCUUUGGCCGAAGAGCUAAAUCAUGGUGGCACUUUAAACAACAUUUUAACGAAGAUGCUUUCUGAUAUUAAAGGAAAUUUUUUGAAGCAGGAUCAAAAGAUACUAAAAAUUUCAGCGAGUAUACUUCAGAAUGCUUCGAUGGCGUCAGAUGUGAUUUGCGGGAAAGUUUUGGAUGAAGUUAUUCCAAUUUUUCUGGAGCAGUUUGAAAUGGUCAAACAGGUCAGCCAUCAAAAGUCCAUUUGA